CCCAGAAAUGUGAAGCAGGUUGAUAAGAUUUGUCUUUAUCUCCACAGGAUAUGAGCAAGCACACACCUCCAGCCGCCUGGGUGAGGGCAAGGAAAAUCCGUCUGUAGUAGCGGGAGAAGUCCUGUGGCAUGCACAGCAAGGACAGCACAAGGAGGAGUCAGAUUACAGUAAGAAUGGGCAGUGCAGGAGCCGGAGUAGAUCAGACAGGGGAUUGACUGCCUGGGCUGCACAGCGCUCACACAGCACUCACACAUGACUGGAGCAAUGCUGUUGCUGCUGCUGCUGCUGCUGGGGGAUUCUCCACUCGCUGUUGCUGCGCAAUGAAGGAACCCGGUGUGACAGGUCAGCCCUGGGCAGGAGUUACUGCACAAUAGUCAGCAGCUGGGCUAGCCUUUGGGAAUGAGAAACAUCAUGUAUUUUGCAGGAGGUACGUGCCAUAGUUCUGCACUCUCAGCGCUGGUCCGCCCCCCACUACCAGCAUUACAGACGCCGCUGGAUAUUAAGCAGUUCCUUCCAUUUACUUUGGAUGGGGGUGCAGCUGUAAAUCUGUUACCAAACUUCACAUCAAUGGACCCAAUUCAAAAAGCAGUGUUAAAUCACACAUUUGGGGUUCCUUUGCUACACCGAAGAAAGCAAAUCGCACCAUGCAAUAUGUGCCAGCUGAAAUUUAAUUCAGAAAGCCAGGCUGCAGCCCACUUUAAAGGAACAAAACAUGCUAAGAAACUCAAAGCACUGGAAGCCAUGAAAAAUAAGCAAAAAUCUGCUGCUACCAAGGACAUUGUAAAGACUAUCAUCACAUCCCUCCCCACUAAUACCAUGAAUGGUAACUCCGAGAAAACAGCAGGGGUACCGGCAAUAUCAACGAGUGCCACAUUAGAGAUCCGGAAAAUCAGUGUUAUGACAAUGGACAGCAGUUCCAAGGUUGACAACAAGAUAACCCUGGUUACAAGCAGCAGUGUGUGCCCUUCUGUAGAGACAGAGGAGGAGAAGGCUAAGAGACUGCUCUACUGCUCACUAUGCAAGGUGGCUGUCAACUCUGCCUCCCAGCUGGAAGCACACAACAGCGGAACGAAGCACAAAACCAUGGUGGAGGCUCGAAAUGGAUCUGGGACAAUUAAAGCCUUUCCGCGAACAGGAAUAAAAGGCAGAGUCAUUAUUAACAAGGGGAGCACUGGCUUACAGAACAAAACUUUUCACUGUGAAAUCUGUGACGUUCACGUUAAUUCUGAAACACAGCUAAAACAGCACAUUAGCAGUAGAAGGCACAAAGACAGAGCUGCUGGGAAGCCUCCAAAGCCAAAAUAUAGUCCGUAUAAUAAACUUCAGAAGUCAUCUAAUCCAGUUGGGAUAAAGUUAGCUUUCGCAAAACAACGUCUAAAGCCAUUGACUCCUCGCAUACUACCAAACCCAUUGGCUGCCGCUGCUGCUGUCGCUGCCGUUGCCGCCAAUUCUUCCUUCAGUCUCCGCAGCACGCCAGCAGCCACUCUAUUCCAGUCUCCAGCACUUCCUUCAGCGCUCCUGCGACCAGCUCCAGGCCCUAUACGGACCACUCACACUCCCAUUUUGUUUGCUCCUUACUGAACUUCAAGCAGGGACUAUUCUUCUGCAAUAAUUUUUAUUUUCAAAAAAACAAGACAAACAAACAAAGAGAACUAUGCAGUGCUUAUUUAUAGAUCAAUAUAGAUUUGCGCCAGAGGAUAAAUUGGUGUUAAGCAAGAAAGGUCCUAUUUUCUUAACCGAUGUGCAGUUUAUUCUGUCAUUCACUUGCCAUACCCUUUCCCUUGUAUAAACGUAUUCCCCUGUCAGUGUCUUUCCUGUUUUAUACUGUGUCUGACCAUUUUUUCAGGUUUUUUUUCUUUGCUAAGAGCAUCGUCAAGAGCCAAUGUACAUACAGAACUUCCUUCUGUACUUAGGAAAAAACACACUGUGAUCUGUACACUUACCAACCCUCAAUACCACUGGGUAUUUGUCCAUUUAUUUCAUUAUGUGGAUGUCUUGUAAAUUAUUCGUGCUGUGUCUCACUCAUAUUGAGUUGCUAACAACACUGCAAAUUCUAAUAAUGAGUAGAAUGUUGUUGUGAAGGUUUUGUGGCCAGCGAAACCAUGUAUUUGCUCAACAGGAAGUGCACGCCAUAUUUGUAAGAAGACUUGGUUCAUGCAUAUUCAUUGCAAAAAUAUGUAUUGGCAUAUUAUUGGCUAGUGAAUGAAAUUCAGUACUCAGUGUGUAGUAUCUACAGUUUGUUUACAUGCACUUUACUUAAAAUCCAGGGGAAUUCUCAUUAUUUUUGUCAAUGUUAAUGGGCAUCAAGUAUUAGCAGUCCAGUAACAGCAGUGCUGAGAGGGCGCCACUCUGAGCACGUCAAUAAGCCGACAAACAGGAAAGUGUUAAUGCAGAGCCUUAUGUCUUCAUGAGUCAGUCACUGGGCUCUGAACCAUUCAAAUACCGACCCUGCCUUCACUAAAAAAAUAUUUAGUGAGAUGGUGGCCACUAGCACGGCCCCUUGCCAUCUGUCUUAAUAAUAGGCCCCUGUUUGCUUCCUGCAGCUCAGAUCAUUUGACACAAAUAGGUUUAAAUGUGAGGACUUGAAAUCAUAUUUUUAGGCACCCUAAACCCAUUUUAAAGCCAUGUUCAUAUGCAAGAUCUUUUAAUUGAUAUACAGUAUAUGUAUGCAGCAUUAUUUCCAUACACAGUUGUUGCACUUUUAAUAUCUGUUAUUGAUAAAUAGAUCUUUAUUCACCAGAGAAUUACAUAUAUUUAUUGGGCACACAUACAGUGGUACAUUCUAUAUGUAUUUCAUAAUUAUCUUCUUAAACCUCCAACUGAUGGCUUAACUCCCCGACUCCUAUUGCCAUAUUUCUUGUGCAACUUCAGACACCGCAACGCAAAAGGUUCUGAGCACCAAUGGUGAAACAUAGUCUUAUGUCCCUUGUUAUCUUUUAAAUAUCUCUAAUUCUAAUGCAUUCUUUUUUUAAGGUGGAAAAGGUUUUUAUCCUCUAACAGUAUGUUGAAGGCCUAUGUCAUUCAAAUGUAUUUUUAAAGCUGUAUGGUUUAUGGUUAUCAAACUUUAUAAAAAAGCUGUACAUGUAAUUUGGAUGUAUUUUUAUUUGAGGUUUUAAAUCGAGAGUGAGGGAGGCUCUCUCCACCUUUAACACACUUACACACAUUUGUACAGGUAUGGGACCUGUUAUCCAGAAUGCUCGGGACCUGGGGUUUUCUGGGUAAG